UGUUCUGCAGUGUAACUGGUUCAAUUCGACUACAACUCAAAAAUCAUUCAAACAUACCUCAUUUAGGGGAGCCCCAUGCUGGCUGAUACAUGUGACAGAAGCACCAAAGUCUCAUUUAGUAAACAAAGAAUUGUUUUUAAUAGGUUAGGUAGGCUAUAAUAGAGCCCCAAGCCAACUCAUCUACCAUGAGCGGAUCGCUGUUGGAAGAUGGGCGAGAAGUGCCCUCUGUUAUCAAAGAAAUUGUAAUCUAUGAUAAGCCGAAUAAGCCGUACGUUUCGUACGAGAUAUUUUCUCCGCGUAGUUUUGAACGGAGUUAUCCCUCUGGAGAUAUUGUGCUUUCCUCGUCAAAGAAGGAAGUUUGCAAGCAAGAACAACACCUCGACAAUAAGCUUGCAAAUGACGUUGAAAUUAAAUCUGAGCCGGAUGAUGAUGAUGGUGAACUGGAGGAGCAGGUGCAGCAAAAUUCAGAGGAAGCUACAGAAAUUGGCGAAGAAACCGUAAAUGAGAACACAUCCGAUAUAGAGGAGAGUAUCGAGAAUAUUUCCAAGGAAAUCUCGAAGAUUGAACGGAAACAAGCGCCUAGACGGGUGAAGGAAGCGGUUGAGAGACCACUUAUUCUGAGGACGUACAGUAGAAAAAAGGCUCAGGUUGUUGAAAAGCCCCAAGUGAAGAAAAUAACGGAAGCCCAACCACAACAACAAUCAAAACCGUCCACUAUAUUGAAUUUCCUUAUAAAACCGCUCGAUCAAAAAGAUCUGUUGGAGACCAACUGUGGAAGUUCCACUGACUUUGAAGAUGCCCCAGAAACGCCUCAAAGUAAGAACCGAUACACAAAAGAGCAGAAAUCAAACAAAAACACCUCCGGCAAAUAUUCAGUAAGUGGAGGACGCGAGAAACGAACCAGAAGAAUUCCGAAAAAGUACCAGGACGACAGUUCACUAGACAAUUUGAGCGUUACCUGUGUAAAUGGCGAUGAUGAUCCACCGCCAGCUUCUAAGAAAAAAAAGUAUACGGAACUUAAGGCCGUACCUUACCCUGGCUUGGAAGAUGCUGAUGAAUCUUCAAACUGCGACAAUCUUGAAGAUCUACUGAGCGACGGUGAACAGGUGAAGACUAAGAAAUUACAAAAACUGGCCAAAAAAACCAAGACUCAGACGGACCAUGAAGCAAGUGACGAGGCGGAGCAGACGAUAAAACUUGAAGAAAUUGAUGAUAACGUUUGGGAUGAUACCCAGGAAGACGAUGAUGAAUCGGAUGAUAGUCGUCAAGAAUGGCUUCCUGAUGAAUAUGUGGAAUAUAAACGGCAACAUGUGUUGAAGAAUACCGCUCAAGUUCACAAAUGCAAGUUUUGCCACAAGACCUUUAAGAGCUACUACGCCAUGCGAAAGCACCGAGCCUUAGAUCAUGAUGAUCUGGGAAAAGACACAAAAGAAUCGACGUUUCAGCCUGUUGAAGAAGAAGGUGAGAUGGCAGAGUCAGAUGAAGAAAGCAGGAGUGAGUGGCUGCCUGCCGAUUAUGCGGAAUACAAAUUGAAGCACAAAGAGAGAAGAGUUCAAUGGUAUAAAUGUAAAAUAUGCUGCUCAGUUUUCUCCACCUAUUAUAAGCUAACCAAGCAUCGACUCGACCACGAAAAACAGUCGAAUCCGUAUGAUUGCAAGCAAUGCGAUGCAAAGUUUAAUGACGUAGAAACCUUUACGGCUCAUAUCAGGAACCACCAAGGUAAAGAUCCUUACAGCUGCAAAAAGUGCGACAAGGGAUUUCUCAGCAAACACGAACUAAUCAAGCAUGAAGAAGUUCAUGUUCUGAAAAAGCUGCCAGCCGCGGAAAAACGAUUUCGAUGUGAAGUGUGCUCAAAAGAGUUCCACAAGCUGUGCGACAUUGAGCGACACACUCGUGUGCACACUGGCGAAAAGCCCAGCCAGUGUACCAUUUGCCAGAAACGUUUCCAACAGCCGUACAAUUUGAGCAAACACUUACUUACACAUUUGAAUGUGAAGCCGUUCCAAUGCGAAAUUUGCAGUAAGAAAUUUGGCCGAAUAGAUGUGCUGAACCGGCACUUGCUGACACAUUCUAUAGAAAAGCCAUUUAAGUGCAUCAUUUGCGGCAAGGGCUUCAUCAGGCAAGUGCAGCUGAACAACCACAUGGACAAAUCGCACCCGGGAUUGAAUAAUGCGACCGCCAUUGAUGAAUUAUCUAUGUCGCCUGUAGUUUAAGUUAUUUUGGUAAUUAAGUUUCUACAUUGAUAAGAGAGAAAAUGUGUCUGGGUUUAAGGAGGCAACUUUAUAUUCUAAACUUUAUUUUGUUUUCAACUCUUAUACUCUUGGGACUUAAUACUUUAAGUCCCAAAUACUUUAUUUACUUGUAUAUUCUGAGAUCUGAACAUUUGGUUCAUUCCAUACAAACCAUACGACGUAAUUCAGAGUUCGUUUAACAUCCAAGAACUUCGCCACUGAAAAGUUAAUUGGAUUGAGAAACGCCCUUUUCGGACAGUUUUUGCUACUGUCCAAGGUGGAUAUACAGUGCUUUACGCGUAUUCAUUUUACCACUUUCUAUGUAUAGUUAGUUUUAAGAAUACAUAUGCAGAGUGAUUCAGAA